ACCCCCUCCUACUCACAGCAGCAGGUGAGCGCCAAGCAUCGCGUCCCCAAGGCGAGAGUAGCGGAGCGCCGUCAUGGGCAAGCUUCAAGAAUUUGACAUUACUUUCGCCAACAACAAGGUGGUUUACAGUCCGGGGGAGUCUAUCAGCGGAACGGUGAAAAUACGAAUCAGCAACUCCCUGCAGUACAAAGCCAUCAAGGUGAAGUGUCAAGGCUCAUGUGGGAUCUCAACCAAAGUCACCGACACCUCCUGGACUGUGGAGGAACAGUACCUAAACAGCACGCUAUCUGUUGCUGACAAAGGAACUCUGUCUGCUGGUGAACACAAUUUCCCUUUUCAGUUUCUUAUACCAGCCGCUGUACCGACUUCUUUUGAAGGACCUUUUGGAAAGACUGUCUACCGUGUGAGAGCAGCCAUUGACACGCCUCGCUUCGCAAAGGACUACAAAGCCCAGAAGCCCUUUUACCUCCUCAACUUGCUAAACCUCAAUGAGGUGCCAGACAUUGAUCAACUGAGCUACGCCGUUACAACAAAAAAGUUCAGCUACCUGCUCGUAAAGUCGGGGACCCUGAUGCUUAAAACUUGCACUGACCUCAGGGGCUACAUUCCUGGUCAGGUGAUCAAGUUAGCCACAGAGAUCCACAACAAGUCUGGAAAAGACACAGGAUGUGUUCUCGCAAGUCUCAUACAGAAAGUAACCUACAAGACCAAUCGGCCAGUGUUUGACCUCCGAACCAUCGCAGAGGUGGAGGGAGCAGGAGUGAAAGCAGGAAAACAUGCUGAGUGGAGAGAGCAGAUCAUCGUACCUCCUCUUCCUCAGUCAGCUCUCGCCGGCUGCAGCCUCAUAGAUAUUGAUUAUUUCAUUCAGGUGUCACUAAAAUCCCCAGAAGCAGUCGUCACUCUGCCCAUCUACAUUGGGAACAUUGCAGUGAACUUGUCUCCAGCCAGGACUGUGUCUUCCAGUCCGGACCGCUGCAGCGUGACGGCUACGCCCAACGCGGCGGGAGCGACACCCAGCGCCCCUCCGGCCGAGGACAAUGAAGAGCCCUGUGCAGGUGGUGCGGCCAGCGAGGAGAUCCCCACAAAGAGUCACUCUCAGCAGGAUCCCUCUGGUCAGCCUGUAUCCAUGUCUCCUAGCGCUUUCAGCCAUGCGCCUGGUGCAGCCUUGCCUCCUGGCCACAGGCAGCCGGGAGCUCCCUCUCCCUUGUUCUGUGUUUCUACUGGGGCCACCAUUCCCUUUUUCACCGAAGGAAAUCCCACACCUGUGCCCACUUCCUGUUCUCUCAUCCUCCCACCAGAGUACAGCAGCUGCGACUACCCGCAUGAGCCUCCACCCACUUAUGAAGAAAGCUGCAGCAGCACCAACUUCAGUUUCAACAGUGGACAAUAGAUGAAGAAACAGUGCUCACCUCUGGACAAAACAUGGACAUCUUAUGGCUGAAAGAAGCAGUGACUCUAAUUCCAACCCCAAAAGGGAUAAUGUCUUAUGGUGAAUAUAUCCUCUUAUCAGGUGGCGAUGGACUGAGCAGCUUAACAUCACCACACAGAUUUCAUCCCAUUGGACUUUUCUUACAUUAAGGGAAAAUACUUGAUUGUUGCACGUUAGCCAAACAGCAGGUGAGAAUAAAGUGGACAGAGGCCACCUGGGGACAGUCUUAACGACUCACAACGGAAUAACAAAAGGCGAUGUUAUUGCAGUAUUCCGUCUGCUUGAAAAAGGAGGCAACAUAACCCCUGAAGGUUCUUGAGUUCUAUUAGAGCAGCAAAGAAGCGGGAGAACAAAGGGAAGAAAAAGGCAAAAAAAAAGAGUUCCAGAAGUCUCGGGAAAAGCCAAAAUGAAAAAAUACUCCCCCGGAAUGAGUCACAGUGUACCCGGGUAGGGAAGGCCUAAAACAGGCCAAAAGGUCACUAUUCCCGCCCAAGCCUAAAACAGGCCAAAAUGUGGAAAACAAAGGAAAAUGGUCAAAAUUCCCUCCCUGGGGAGUGACUUCCACAAGUCCUGGGGAGAGCCAAAAUGUGAAAAAGGCCAACAAUCCCCCCAGGAUGACUCACAGAUGACCCGGGAAGAAAAAGGCAAAAACAGGCCAAAAUUGGAAAAAAAAAAGACAAAAAUUGUCAAAAUUUCCUCCCGGGGAGUGAGUUCCACAAGUCCUGGGGAGAGCCAAAAUGUGAAAAAGGCCAAAAAUCCCCCCAGGAUGACUCACAGGUGAUACGGGAAGAAAAAGGCAAAAACAGGCCAAAAUGUGGAAAAAAGCCAAAAAUGGUCAAAAUUCCCCCCCCCCGGGGAGUGAGUUCCACAAGUCCCGGGAAGAGCCAAAAUGUGAAAAAGGUAAAAAAAAUAAAAUCUGCCAUUCCAGGAUGACUCACAGGUGACCCGGGAAGAAAAAGGAAAGAAACAGACCAAAAUGUGGAAAAAUUGACAAAAUGGUCAAAGUUCCACAAGUCCUGGGGUGAGCUAAAAUGUGGAAGAAAAAAAUAAAUAAAUACCCACAAGGACGACUCACAGGUGACUCGGGAAGAAAAAGGCCAAAAUGUGAAAAAAUGCCGAAAAUUGUCAAAAUCCCCCCCCACCAGGAUGACUCACAGGUGACCCGGGAAGCAAAAGAAAAAACAGACCAAAAUGUGGAAAAAUUGUCAAAAUGGUCAAAAUUCCCUCCCCGGGAGUGAGUUCCACAAGUCCUGGGGUGAGCUAAAAUGUGAAAAAUGUCAAAAAAAUACCCACCAUGAUGACUCACAGGUGACUCGGGAAGAAAAAG